CGACGUCAUCGUCAUCCUCGCGCCGCAUUUUCUAUAAUUUUAAUAAAAAUGACUCUACCCAUUGCUAUUUUUGGAGGAAGAAUAUUUCCAAAUGGACUCCACCACUUCCCACAAUUUCCGCAGUUUCUACACGCAAAACCGGAGCACCUUACUCACAGCUACACUCGAUGCAGUCUUCGAAUUCAUCAGGGAGUAGAUGUUCAUGGAUAAAAGAAACAUCUUUUCAUGAUAAAACUGCUGGUCAGGAAAGGAGGGAAGCUUUGUCAGUUUCUGCGCUUCCUACAAAACCAGCUCAAGUUGCUGCAGUGGAGGAUCUCUAUGAUUUUAUAUGCUCGGGUCCUCUCCUGGACAAAGUCAGUCUGACCCCGGAUAAGGUGGCUGAAUCCAUCGACAAGUGGAUCUUAUGUGGAUCACAGCUCUGCAUUUUUCGCCUAAGUGAACUCUUUCUGACCGAGCCUCAAAAGAUCCGGAUAUACCAUUACUAUAUACCAGUUUUCUUGUGGUGUGAAGAGGAACUCAGUCUUCACAGUUCUAAGUUCAAAGAUGAAGAUGAUAUCCCCCCGUUAGUGAUUGGUUUCAGUGCACCACAAGGCUGUGGCAAGACCACACUCGUAUUUGCCCUGAGUUUCCUUUUCGAAAUCACUGGGAGGAAGACUGCAACUAUAUCCAUAGAUGAUUUUUAUCUGACAGCGGAGGGCCAGGGCAAACUGCGGGAGAGCAAUCCUGGCAAUGCACUUCUAGAGUUCCGUGGAAAUGCUGGAAGCCAUGAUCUUCCCUUUUCAGUUGAGACACUGACAUCCCUGCAAAAAUUGACAAGAGAAGGCACAAAAAUGAAGCUUCCUCGUUAUGACAAGUCUGCAUAUAAAGGUCGAGGUGACAGAGCGGACCCUUCAACGUGGCCAGAAGUGGAGGGCCCUCUAUCGGCUAUCCUGUUUGAGGGUUGGAUGCUUGGAUUUAAGCCUGUACCUUCUGAAGUUGUGAAAGCUGUCGACCCACAGCUGGAAGUAGUUAAUAAAAACCUAGAAGCCUACUAUGAUGCAUGGGACAAGUUCAUCAAAUCAUGGAUAGUUAUCAAGAUUAAGGACCCCAGCUACGUUUAUCAGUGGCGAUUGCAGGCAGAGAUUGCCAUGAGAGAUGAAGGAAAACCUGGAAUGUCCGAUGAGGAGGUUUUCGACUUCGUUUCAAGAUAUCUGCCAGCAUACAAAGCAUAUCUCACUACCCUCUAUGCUGAAGGGCCAAGUGGGUCGCACCCAGACCAUCUACUUGUGGUCAAAAUCGACGAGGGCCGGAACCCCAUCCUUGCCAAUUAGGCCAACUCCUUGCAGCAACAGCAAAUAGCAUCCAAGCAGCAUUCACAAGUCUCAGCACAGCACCAACAGCAACACGUCGUAAAGAAGCUGUGCCACAACAAACACACCUACUUUUAGUCUUCUUCAUGUGUCUAGUGUGUGUAUAUGUGUGUGUUAGAGAUAGAGAUAGAGAUAGAGAUAGAUGCAUAUACUUCAUGUUCAUAAGUUCAAUAUCACCAAGCAAUAUAUGUGAACCCUAAUAAUAAUAUUUCUUGAGGAAUGAAAAGAAAGUUGUGAUGAGAGAGAGAGAGAGGAACCAAGCAUAAAGGCAUCCUUUCUGGUCGCGCCGUUGGUUGAUAUGAUCGGAGUAGGACAAGCUCUGUUGCGGUGGUGGUGCCUGCAUUUUCUUCACACAAUUCUUGUCACCAGUCCCAGAUUUUGAUCAAAUUUUGUUACUCCAGAAAGGCUAUGAGAGUCGUCACUUAUAAUUUCCCACAUUGUAUUUAAUGCUUAGGUAGCAGUUGCCAAGAUAACACUUUUCAUGAAUUUCAGCAGUUGGAACAGUUGAAUUCUAUCAUACUACCACAUUAAAUUCAGCCAUAGGUUGCAGAAA